UGGUAUGAGAAGAAUGUUGAUAAUAUACUGAUGGUUUUAGUUGUUGCUAAGGAAUCCAGGACUCUCCACCUCCCCGUUUCUGGUUACACACAGGAAAACACAUUUUAUCACUCCCCUGCCCCUAGCACAAGACUUUGAAAGUUGUCGUUGCUCGCAGAAAGAGCCGACAUCAGUACAGUUACCUUCUGGGCUGGAUAUUUGCUUGUUUUCACCAAGUAUCAAUCAGCAAAAGAGAAAACUUGAGAUGCCAUUCCAGUUCAAGACUCAAGAGGGAAAGGAAGAUAGCCCGACGCACAGAAAUCCGGGUGUGGGUUUGCUGGACUUCCAGCAUGUUGCAUGGACUGGCAGCAACGACAGAGAGCUGGAGCAGGACUCUACAACCUGGGGAACACGUGCUUCCUCAACUCCGUCCUGCAGUGCCUGACGUACACACCCCCUCUGGCCAGCUACCUGCUCUCUCGGGAGCACAGCCAGUCAGUCACGUGCUUGAGCUGCAACGCGGUCUCUGAUUCCUACGAGCCCUUCCUGGAUAUUCCACUGGAUAUAAAAGCCAGCAAUGGACGGUGACACAAGAUGGACGAUACAUCUGUGAACUGCUGAGACAUCGACACAGCUCUCAGGCAGCAAGCCUACUUACUGUUUUAUGUCAGAAACGGCUCCAAGAAAAUGACUGAACCCCAGAGGAGGUGCUCAGAUCUGCAACCUGGAGAAAGAGCUUAUUCCCCACCGGCACUGUCCUACGCCCAUUUCUUCCUCAGUCAGUGGGCGGCCGGCAGCGAGCAGCACUCAUUGGGAACGAGCAGUCAAUGCUAAAGGGGACCCUGCUGAUGUCACUGUGGCCAUUGUGACCCGCGGGGGACAAGCCUACAUAAAUCAUCGCUGGGCUCAGGCUGUGCCUCAGUGCAACCUGGUGAGAGUCAGCCGAGGAGCACUUGGGAGAGACACCCCAGCGCUGCAGGGACAGCGACUCUCCCAGCGCUCACCGUUGAUGUGCACCAUGUCUGCGAGGAAGCAGAAGGUCGACGACUCGAUGGAGCCAGCAUGCAUGCUGUGUGGCCGAGCAGAGGCUGACCCGGACAUCUGUGGGUACAAACUGCAGGAUCUGCAAGGGAUCUGUGCCCAUGUCUUUUGCCUGUAUUUUGCCAACGGCCUCUUCCAGCAACGGGUCAAAAACGUGGGCCUGAUGGGAUUCCUCAUAGAGGAUAUUUGCCAUACAGUCGAGCGGGCAGCACAGAAGCGCUGCUUCGUCUGUGGCAAGAGUGGGGCCACCAUCACCUGCUGCCAGGAGGGCUGCGACCGCAGCUUCCACCUCCCCUGCGCCGUGGAGGGGGAAUGCGUCACACAGUUCCUUCCUCAGUACAGGUCCUUCUGCUGGCAGCACCGCCCAGAGCAGGCAGUGGAGGCGGCUCCGGGGGAGAACACCGCCUGCCUCAUCUGCCUGGACACUGUUGAGGACAGGAAGUCCUACGGCACCAUGGUGUGCCCAGCGUGCAAACACGCCUGGUUCCACAGGGCCUGCAUCCAGGGACAGGCUGCGCGCGCUGGCAUUUGCUUCCAGUGCCCUCUCUGUAGAGACAGGUGUGCAUUUCUCCUGGAGAUGCUCACCAUGGGCAUCCGAGUCCCUUUCAGAUUGCCGGCAUGGGAGAACGAGCCUGCAGAUGCAGCACCAAAUGAGAGGCACAGCCGCUGCGAUGCCCGUGAGUGCCUUUGCACAGGAGGCAGGCAGCACGCAGAGCAACAGGGGCCCUGGCAACUGCUCCUGUGCUGCUCCUGCGCUGCCGAGGGCACCCACAGACGCUGUUCCCACUUGGGGACCGACACGGCCAUAUGGGAGUGUGACAGCUGUGCUGGCCUGGGCACCGCCUCCAGUGGCAGCUCGGAGGUCGCGGGUCCCAUCGCUGAGAGCCAGUCAGGAUCGGGGCCGUCCCACAGCUCUCCAGCACCAGAGACCAGCAGCCCCAGCACCGGCAGCACAGCGGCACUGGGGUCCUCCUCUCACUCUGCAGCAGGGGAGAACAGCAGCCCCAGCAGCACUGGUGGCCAAGCGGCAUCGGGGCCAUCCCAAAGCUCCCCAGCGCCUGAGAGCAGCAGCUGCUCCAGCCCACCUGGGCCCGACCGCUUGCGAGACCACUCUCGCUCGCGGCGUCGGGCCCAAAAGCCCUACAGCCGGCGCACAAGAGGCCGUGGCAGGAGCUGUGCGCCAGCACCCAGGGCUGAGAGCAGCAGCCCCGCACAGCCGGUGCCGGGAUGCUCCCGUGGCUCCCCGGUACCCGAGACCGGCAGCCCCAGCACCGCCAGCCAGCUGCCAGCGGGGUCCUCCCCCAGCUCUGCACGGCUCCAGAGCAGCUGCCGCCCCAGCCACCCCGGGCCCGUGCGGGGGCGAGACCGUUCCCGCUUGCGACGUCGGGCCCAGAACCCUUACAGCCGGCCCGGACGCUGACGCGCGACCAGCCCUGCGCCGGCCCUGCCUGCUGGCCCUGAUCCCCCUCCAGUGUUACAAUAAAGUUGGCCGUUCAUCUCUG